UUACGCCCUCUUCUAAAAUUAAAUUCCUGUCUGAUCUGAAUCCCUGCCGCUGUAGCCGAAUUAAUCGUCGCAAUUUAACAACUCUGCUGGGGGGAUUUAAGCUGGUAGCCCGGAUUUGAUUUAAAAAAUUGUUCUUCGACAUGCAGUUCGCCGACAUAGUGCCGCAAGGCCCUGAAACGGAGCAUUUUCACAAAAGAAUCCACUGUCGCAGCGGCCACAUUUCGGUCAAGUACAGAAACUAUGUUCUUGUGUGGGGUGGCUCAAGGGAAGUCCACUACGACAUGGAAACAAAGCACGAGUACCAUGACACUGGCGAAGUAAUGAUGUACAACUGCUGCACUGAAGUUUGGACUCGCUUGAUUACCUCUGGACAGAUCCCGCUGAAGUGCUCUGGCUCAACAGGAGUGAUUUUGGGCGAAUGUCUCUACGUUUUUGGAGGUACAAUUUUGAGACUGCAACAAGUGUUCAAUGAUGGAGAAGGAACCUCUUUCGAGACCUCAAGCAAUGCGCUGUACAAAUUGGACAUGAGAACCCUAGUCUGGACAGAACUUCAUCCGUCAGGUGUUUGUCCAUCACCGUGUGACAAACUGGUCAGUUGGGAAUACGCUGGAAAAUUGUACUUCUUCGGUGGUUUCGGGCCAAAUCCUCAAAACUUGGCCAACGUCCCGUUUAUGUACAUUGAGUCGAGUGAAGAUUACGCUCACAAAGGGUGGAACAAUCAGUUUUUGUGCUACAACCCUGAGGAAAACAACUGGUCCUGGCCUGCUUCAAAAGGACCAACUCCACUUCCAAGAGCAGCACACGCAGCCGACAUAAAAAAUGGAAAGGUUUACAUUUUUGGUGGCAGACUUUUGGACGAGCGAGUCAACACGCUUUACUGCAUCGAUAUGGAAACUAUGCGAUGGACUGAAAAUCUUACAAAUUUGUCUGAUGAAUGCCCCGAGGGAAGGUCUUGGCAUAGUUUCUCGUUCAUCAAUGACACCACCGCCAUCAUCUACGGAGGAUUCUCAAAAAACAACAUGAUUCUGAACGACUGCUGGAAACUAAAUGUGGGCCCCAAUUUUGUCUUUUGGGAAGAGGUUCCACUUGCUUAUGACCACGGGCAUCCUCGUUUCCUUCACAAUACUUGUAUGGGCCGCCCUGGAGAGCUCAUCAUCCAUGGCGGCUAUGUCCAGCCCUACUAUCAGCUCACUUUUUACACUCAACAACUUGCAGAUGCUCUUCUAACCCUGAAUUUUGAGCCAAAAUCUCUCUAUAGGCUGUGCAUUAAAUCUUGUUUGAAGAACUUCAAAGAAACCUCCAGUCAGUGGAAGCUGCUUCCAAAAACAGUCGAGAAAACGCUGAAGCAGCGUCUGGAGCAAAUCAACUACUGAGAUUUUCUGCAAAUGACUAUCUUGUACUUGCCAGAUUUAAAUUUCUGACUGAAACAGCCGACUGAUGCCAAUUGAAAUUUAUUUGAAUUAAUCUAUAAUAGUCAACCAGCUCGCAGUAUUCAGCAUUAAAAAUGAUCUUCCUGCAUUGAAAUGCAUUCAGAAUAAAUGUCAUGUAAAAUUUUUAUUGACAAGCAGCAAUAAAAUUUUUUAAAUAAUAAUGAAACUG